AUGUUCAGACGUACUGUAUAUGAACAUGAUCUUCGGAAUCGAAGUUUUUGUGUUGUUCCCAUCAAAAUAUCAGUCAAAAAUUGUUCAUGGAAUAGAAGGAUAGGAUAUACUUUAGAGAUGUUAUCGUCUGAUCGGAAUGAAGCCAGUAGGAGCACAUUCCACAAAUUCGUAUUUCAAUGGACCGGACCUACAUCUAAAUAUUCCGUAUUGUCAGCGAACGAAGAACAGACUUAUAUUUUCAAAGCAUAUAGUGAAAGUAAGGAUGAAGGUUCACAAGAACAUUAUGCAACGAAUGUUCAUGAAGGUGGUGUUGGGAUGAAAGGUUUACAAAUGCCCAAUACUUCACAUCUUUUGACACUGGUAAGGCCUUGCUUAUAUCUUAAUUAUAGAAAUACUGUAACUAUAUGA